UUCAUAAAGGACGCUAAUAAACUCAUAUAAGGACCGAUUAAUUUAACCAAAGCUGCCGUUAUUUCCCUAUAUUAAUCAAGUAAUUGGUGCUCUCUCCGUCUCUCGUUGAGUGGUGAUUGGUGAAUGAUCAUACGAAUGAAUCCCUCUUUUUUCUUAAAAAAGAAAUGCGAAAGAUGGGCCACGUAAAAUAGCUAAUGGGCUUUCCAAAAUUACGGCCCAAAUAUAUGUCCGACGGCAACCAUGGUGUGAAGGGGAUUUGUCAAACUCAACUAGGCUCUGCGAUUUGAUCCAGUUUCAGACACGACCAACUCGAACCACCGUUCGCCUCCCGACCGAUCUUCCAAACCGAAAGAAAAAAAAGAAGUCUGUCUAUAUCGAUCAUCUAUCUGUCUCAACUCUUCUCCAAUCCUUUGCGUGACAUCUAAGCUUGGCGGUUUUUGCAAUCGCCCUGACUGUGUGAUCUGCGAAUCUGCGAUGCGUUUUGGACGACUUCUGAUAUCCUGAGAAAAAUGUGCCUCUGGUGCGCUGUUUCAAAUCUGGGUUUGAGCCUGGCUGCGAUGGAUAGAAGUUGGGUCUUGUCACUUCUUCUAUUGAUUCUGUUUGUCUCCAAAGCUUCGUCGUCCGGGAAAUCUCGGGAGUUAGUAGAUGAAGAAACACCCAAGGAUAGUUCGAAUUCAACCACUCAUCAAAGUCCUCCAUUGCCUGAUUCCACACCUAUUGGAGAUGGAAAACCCAAUGUAACCUCAUCAGAACCUUCUCUGCCUACAAGUAACUCGACGAAUCCGACUCCUGAUUCGGUGAGUCCACCACCUCCGCAACUGCAACCCGAGAGUGAGAAGAAUGUCACGAAAGUGUCAAAUAGGACAGAACCGAUAAGCCCGCCUCCAGCUAACCAAACGGAUAGCCAGGAUAAUGGGAAGUUACCGGCGGCUAAAAUGGCGCCGCCUCCAAAAAGUCCGCCUCCGGGGAAAGAUCCUGAGAAGGUGAAUGGCGUUAAAGGGAGCUCAGAGACCUGUGCAGGAAACUCUAAUAUAUGUUCAACUGAUAAUUCAUUGGUCGCAUGCACUUUAAGCAUCGAAAAAGAUACUUCGAAAUGGUUGAUUCUAGUUCAAAACGAAGGUGAAGAAUCUUUAAAAGCAAAGAUUGUUCUUCCAGUUAACACUUUACCAGAGCUGGCACUGCCAAAACACCAUAGUCAAAGGGUAAACAUAUCCAUUAGUGGAGACACAAACAAAAUCAUACUUGACGCCGGGAAGGGACAGUGUGUGCUUCACAUGUACCCACCAAAAGAAAACACACUAUCCAUCCACCUUCCUUCAUACGAGAAGCUAGUGACGCCCAUCAACGGCGCCUACUUCUUAAUAGUGUCCGUCGUUGUCUUUGGGGGAGCUUGGGGAUUUUGUCUGUGCCGGAAGAAUCGCCGUGCAGGCAACGGAGUGCCUUACCGUGAGCUAGAACUGAGCGGAGGGUCAGGCUUAGAAGGUGAGCCGGUGGUGCAUGACGUGGAGACAGCGGACUGGGAUGAAGGUUGGGAUGAUGACUGGGAUGAGAAUAACGCUGUGAAAUCGCCCGGUGGUGCAGCAAAUAGUGUGAGCAUCUCUGCCAAUGGAUUAACGGCGAGAGCUCCGAGCCGAGAUGGGUGGGAUCAUGACUGGGACGACUAGGCUUAUAUUAUCUGUGGAUGGAUAUGGAUAACUAUUACUGGUAAGAGUCAAAACAAGUUUGAUACAAAGAGAAACAAGAAAUGGUUAAUGUAUACACGCACUUGGCAGGAUUAUAUACAUCUUUUUGAAAUUCUUUUGUACUACGUUGAAAUAUCACAUUUUGUACUACAGUCUCUUCCAACAAGAACCUUUUGUGUUUUGUUUUAAUUUUUACAUUUUGUAUCAUGUAUACGACGAACACGUUUUAGUUUUGUACUUUCACUUACCUUUUCCGUUUAGCAUUCUUUGUAACACCCAAUACUUAUUGGUUCAAAUAUCACGAGCAAUUAACGGC